AUGUCGUAUUCACUUCGAUUUUGUCUUCAUCCAUCGAUUCUUAAACAAAUACGACCUUCAUUUUCAUUGAUACGUUGGAAUUCAACAACGACACCGGCUGAGGCAACACCACGUAAAAUAACAACACAUUAUACAAUUUAUCCAAGAGACAAGGACGAACGAUGGAAAGAUAUCAAUAUGGAACGUUAUGCAGAAGAAUACGAUGUAGUUAUUGUUGGUGGUGGACCAUAUAUCCUUUUCUUUGUUUCUGUACCUGGUCUUUCAGCUGCACUUAAAUUGAGACAAUUAUCUAGUCAACAAAAUAAAGAAAUACGAGUGUGUGUUGUUGAAAAAGGUUCAACUAUUGGUGCUCAUACAUUAUCUGGUGCUUGUAUUGAACUACGAGCACUUAAUGAAUUAAUACCAGAUUGGAAAGAGAAAGGUGCUCCAUUGACUAAUACAGUCACUAAAGAUCGUUUUUAUUUUCUUACUAAAAAUUCGGCAAUACCUAUUCCAAUCUUCAAAGGAGUUCCAAUGUAUAAUCAUGGUAAUUAUCUUGUUCGUUUGGGUAAAUUAACUGCAUGGCUUGGUGAACAAGCUGAAGCAGCUGGUGUAGAAAUGUAUCCAGCAACAGCAGCUAGCGAAAUUUUAUAUCAUGAUGAUGGUAGUGUUAAAGGUAUAGCAACAAAUGAUGUUGGUAUUGCUAAAGAUGGUUCACCUAAAGAUUCAUUUGCACGUGGUAUGGAAUUACAUGCUAAAUAUACGGUUUUUGCUGAAGGAUGUCAUGGUCAUUUGGCUAAACAACUUUAUAAAAAAUUUGAUUUAAGAAAAAAUUGUACACCACAAAGUUAUGGUAUUGGUUUAAAAGAAAUAUGGGAAGUUGAUAAAAGUAAACAUGAGCCAGGUCUUGUUUUACACACAGCUGGAUGGCCAUUGGAUGCGAAUACAUAUGGUGGUUCAUUUAUGUAUCAUAUAUUAGAUAAUGAUCAACCAUUAAUUCUUGUUGGAUAUGUUGUUGGUCUCGAUUAUAAAAAUCCAUAUUUAAAUCCUUAUCAAGAAUUUCAACGUUUUAAAACUCAUCCAAAAAUUCGACCAAUAUUCGAAAAUGGUAAACGUAUUGCUUAUGGAGCUCGUGCUUUAAAUGAAGGUGGUUAUCAGGUAUCUAAAAACAAAAUCGACAAAAAAUAUUUUUUUAUAUCUUCUCAUUGUUUUUUUUUUCUUAUUUUAUUGGCUAUUCCAAAACUUUCAUUUCCUGGUGGUUGUUUAGUUGGAUGUAGUCCAGGAUUUUUAAAUGUACCAAAAAUAAAAGGUACACAUACAGCAAUGAAAUCUGGUAUGAUAGCUGCUGAAACUAUUUUUGAUUUAUUAAUAAAAUCAACAGAUGAAAAUAAAACAAAAGGUAUAGAACCAAGUGAUUAUGAUAAUCGUAUUAAAAAUAGUUGGAUAUGGAAAGAAUUAUAUAGUGUACGUAAUUUUCGUCCAGCAUUUAAUACAUCAUUAGGUAUAUUUGGUGGAUUACUUUAUGGAGCUCUUCAUUUUGUAUUACGUGGUAAAGAACCAUUUACACUUAAACAUGAAGAACCAGAUCAUUCUCGUUUAAAAAAAGCUAAAGAUUGUCAAGCAAUUGAAUAUCCGAAACCUGAUAAUGUUGUUACAUUUGAUCUUUUAUCAAGUGUUGCAUUAACAAAUACAAAUCACGAUCAUGAUGAACCACCACAUUUAACACUUAAAGAUGAUAGUGUUCCAACAAAUAUUAAUUUACCUAUGUAUGAUGGACCUGAACAACGUUAUUGUCCUGCAGGUGUUUAUGAAUUUGUUGAAAAUGAUUCUGGUCAACGACAAUUACAAAUAAAUGCACAAAAUUGUAUUCAUUGUAAAACAUGUGAUAUAAAAGAUCCAACACAAAAUAUUAAUUGGGUUACACCACAAGGUGGAGAAGGUCCAGCUUAUAAUGGAAUGUGA